UACUACUACAUAACGUUUAUGGAUCAUAACGGAAUGGCGACACACACUAGUUUUGUAUACUUUACGUACAUUUUCCGUUUAGAGAUUGGUGUGUCGAAUUUAUCUCGAAAUCGAACCCGACCCGUCAAAAAUAUUAGAUUCAGAGCCUAUGUCAAGUCCCCUCUCUUUCUUGGCCUAUAAUUUAACUCGAUGAAAUUUUCAAAAAGCAGACCCAGUCUCUUACUUGAAUAGUCCCACCUAGCAGAGUCCUGAAAAAUCUAAUGGGAAAAUAUCCCCGGGCUAGUAUUUGGAUGGACCACACACACACACCUCUCUACUUUCCGUUUCGUUGCGCAGUAGGAGAUUUUUAAAUUACAAUUUAAAUGUGCUCUUCGAUUAAGUAGAUACACAUUUUACACAUCACAAUCGUUUUUAUAAUUAAAAGAAAAAAAUUCGCCUUCCAACACACAUAUCCUAUAAAUACAAGAAAAUGUGCUAUUUAUGUUCUCAUUUUCGCAUUUUUCCAAUCAUUUUAUAUAUAAUCUGCUGGCUGGUUACUAUAACACCACUACACUAUACACACUGACUACCACACUAAGUUUUUCAUCACAAAAGUGAAUGACGAAUUUUAAAUGAAAUUCCAUGAUCAGUUCUAUUCGUUUCGUCUUCAGUACACGAUCGAAGAAAAAAGAAUACGAUUUUCAGGUGCUAUUUUCGGACAUUCGCAUUUAGAGUGAGAAGACACAACGAAAAUUGUAAAUCGGAAAACGUGAAAUAAAUUUUAUCGUGAACUGUAUGGUAAUAGAAAAUUGAAUUCAGUUAAUACAAUUCAAUAAACAAAGAAAGAAAGAAAGAAAAAAAAUGCAUCGGAACCGUCCAUCAGUCCGUAGCCGAGAAUCCUCUUCGUCGAUUUCGAUAGAUAAUCGCGGCAAAGUGAAAGAAUGUUGCCGAAAAACUGUUGCUUUCAUGUGCACCCAAGUCGGUGUAGGUGGUUUGAUUGUGGUUUACGCUUUGGUUGGUGCUCUCAGUUUCAAAAGCAUCGAAACAAAUGCAAAUUUCACAAAUAACAAUCACAUUGACUUGGUGAACAGUAUGCGAAAGAAUUGCUCGCAACAACUGUGGGUGAAAUCGGAGGUGUACAACAUUUUCAAUAUGUCACAGUUCAAGAAGGAAGUCGACCUUACGUUGAAGGGUUACCAGCAACAAAUGGUGGAUGUAAUAAAAAUGGGUUGGAAUGGGAAAACACCGGAGGAGGUAUGGUCAUUACCAGCCGCAUUGAUGUAUUGCUUGUCGGUGUUUUCGAUGAUUGGCUAUGGAAAUAUGACUCCUCGUACGGAGUGGGGAAAGUUCACUACCGUCGUGUACGCUACUUUCGGUAUUCCACUGUACAUUUUGUAUUUCAUGAAUAUCGGAAAAGUGCUCGCAAAGACGUUUCGCUGGUUUUACACGUGGAUUAAGGAGUGUAGCACAGAUCCUAUAGACAUUGAAAUCGAGGACGGUAGCAUACAUGCGAAGAAGAAAAUUAUUGUUCCGUCAACCGCUUGCUUGUGGGUGAUGUCGUUCUACAUAUUGAUCGGAACGUUGAUGUUUGCGCAUUGGGAAAGUUGGGGCUACCUGGACAGUGUGUACUUUUGUGUGACCAGUUUGUGUAAAAUCGGUUUCGGUGAUUAUGUGCCGGGCACUUCGAGCAACAGAACUAUCGUAUUGCUGGGCGUCACCAUAAAUGAUGAAACGAAUCAAAACCAAACCAAAUUAGUAAUAAAUUUCGUGUACAUGCUCCUGGGAAUGGGUCUGGUGGCGAUGUGCUACAAUUUGAUGCGAGAAGAUGUUCGCGUCAAAAUGAAAGAAGUGAAGGAGGACAUGAUGUUGUGCUUAGAAGAUUUACGAUUAAGAUUUUCACGAUGUUGUGGUAAUAAAGACUUAGAGUUUGACGAUUGAUAGAUAAUGAACUGUGUGUCGGUGGAAAGAGAAAAAU